CAGUCACAUAUGAAUUUUGUAACGGGUCACUUCUAUAAUCAACAAAGAAACCGAAAACAUAUUGUUAUUUACAUUCGGGCGUUACAAUUGACGUGCACGUACGAUAAGUUACGAUUGGUUUUGGAGUGUUCUUUUGUUGCGGUUUUUCAUCUGAAUAGAUAUUUUCACUUUUUAUUCCGUCUGCCGCACGAUAUUGUUGUGGUAUUUUAAGUGAUUUAAAAUAGCAAGUGAAUUUAAAAUAGAUAUGCGAAAUCAAAUAAAAUGUCUCAUUGUGUUGACGUUGGCAUUGUGGUUUGGCGAUUUCCGUGCCCCUCUUGUCGUUGCUUUUUUCGACUACAAUAAAUUCCAUCCGGUGCCUUUUCGACCUGACUUACAAGAAUACUGUCCACAGGUGAAAGCGAUGCGAAAUUUCAAUAUAAAUGAUAUGAUGGGUACGUGGUACGUUAUUGAAUAUUAUGCAUCAUCAGAGGAAGCACCCGAAUAUGCAUGCAUGAAAUGCAACUUUUCGAUUUCGACAGAAAAUGCUUACAUAACAAUGAAUUUCACGUAUUCAUUCAAAGAUGACCCAGAAAUGGAUUUACUAUACGGAAAUAUUACGUGGAUUGUGCCAAAUGUUGAAAUUCCUGCCCAUUGGAUACACGCUGAAUAUAUUUACGAGGGAGUUUAUAAUACAUACGUCAUCGAUACAGACUACCGAGAAUGGGCAUUAAUAAUGCAUUGCGCGGAAAAACCGAAGUCAAAUCGUUAUUUAUCAGCAUAUAUGCUCUCCCGAACGCCCACAGUUGGUGUAAAUGUUAUAAAUUUCCUCAGAGAAAAACUACCACGAUACGACAUCGAUAUCGAAUUUAUGUUUCCAAUAGAUCAAGAAAACUGUAAAAAAAUUGUAAAAAAUGAGACCUAUUUCCAAUAAAAUUUUGUUCAGUUUGGUUUUGAAAGACAAAAAAAAAAAUCUGGUCAUCGAUUUCAAUUUA